GCAGGGAAUGAAUGCUGCUUGCUGCUUAAGAAGGGAUCCACAGUGCCCCUGACGUCCAAGUCGAGGAAGUCCGAAGUUUAGUUUUCGGCUGGGUUACUUGUUUGAUUCACAUAUUUCUUUCAGAUCUCGACUACGGUAGGCCGACUCACGAUGUCCGGCGAUCAUCAUAAUGACAAGGAGGCCAUGAGUAUAUACUGUAUAACCCUCAACGGUCCAGCACCAUGGGGAUUCAGACUUCAGGGAGGGAAAGACUUCAGCAUGCCCCUCACGGUGUCCAGGCUGACCCCCGGGGGUAAGGCCGCCCAGGCCGGCGUGGGCGUGGGAGACUGGGUGGUGUCCAUCGGUGAGACCAACGCAGAAGACAUGACCCAUGUGGAGGCACAGAACAAGAUCAGAGCAGCAGAGGAGUCUCUCACCCUCACCCUCAGCAAAGCUUUCCAUGCGGGUGGCGAUCAGAAGGAUUCGCUCGCCCCCGCCUCCGUUCAGCCCAAAUACUCCUUCGCCCCCAGCGCCGCUAUCAAUAAGAUGGCGCGGCCGUUCACGCCGGGCGGCGGUAACACGGUCAUUAAACCAGUGGCGUACGCCCCUAAAGUUAACACCCCGGCCUCAGCGGCCCCCGCCAGCAUGCUACAGCCACACAACGGAGAGGAUCAGCCUUUGUAUGACCACCAGAAUUACCAACACGAGAAGCACGGUCUGCGGGUGGAUGGCAUCCCCAUGUUCAUCCCCAACGACCGCAGCAAGAAGAGGCUGAUUGAGGACACUCAGGAUUGGCAGCCCCGCACAGGCACCACCCAGUCCCGCUCCUUCCGCAUGCUGGCCCAGCUCACAGGCACCGACUACAUGCAGGACCCAGACGACGAGACAAUGAAGAGGGCCAGCAUCAAGGCGUCUCGGUCACCUGCUAAGGCCCAGACCCAGACAGCCGACAAACCUGACGCCUCUAAGGCUCCAGUCAACUCUGGUCCCAAGGUGCGUCCUCCGUGGGUGACUGACCCAGGUUUCGCUGACCGUUACGCCCCAGACAAGACCAGUACGGUUCUGACCCAGCACAGGCAGCCGGCCCAGCCUACGCCCAUGCAGAACCGCUCCUCUAUCCUACAGGCAGCUCAGCAGGCACCCGAGGACAGCGGAAGGACCCCUCUCUGUGGAGCCUGCAAAAAGAUCAUUAGGGGCCGGUACCUGGUGGCGCUGGGUCAGUCCUGGCACCCAGAAGAGUUCCAGUGUUCCCAGUGUAAGGUGCUGUUGGAUGAGGGAGGAUUCUUUGAGGAGAGGGGCUCAGUCUUCUGCACCAAGUGUUAUGAUAACCGCUACGCUCCCAACUGUGCCAAAUGCAAGAAGAUUAUCAUAGGGGAUAUCAUGCAUGCCCUGAAGAUGACCUACCAUGUCCAGUGUUUCAUGUGUGCUGCCUGUAAGAGCCCCAUCAGGAACCAGGCCUUCUAUAUGGAGGAGGGAGAACCUUACUGUGAGAAAGAUUAUGAGAAGAUGUUUGGUACUAAGUGUCACGGCUGUGACUUUAAGAUCGACGCUGGGGACCGCUUCCUAGAGGCCUUGGGAUACAGCUGGCACGACACCUGCUUCGUCUGCGCUUUCUGCCAGAUCAACCUGGAAGGGAAGACGUUCUACUCUAAGAAGGAUAAGCCGCUGUGUAAAGGUCAUGCCUUCGCUCCCGUCUGAGAGGGAGGGGGAGGUGGUUCAGAGGGGACAGGAACCCCCUCCCCAUCUGAACCCUGAAGACCCUCAGUAUCACGCAGCUCCAGCUACUCUCCACUCCACUGCAAACCAGACAGCUGUUCAGAUCCUCACUAUCGCUCAGCUACAGAUGUGUUCAGAUAUACUUCUAUCCCUGGACUUUUCAAAUGCAUCCGGUGCUGCUCUCUCCCACUGACUCCCCCCCUCCAACUGAC